AAGUGAGUUGCAAGGCAUGAAGUGAACUUCUAUACGUUCCUUUGUUGCCAAAACGUCAAACGCAACAGCUUAUGCAGCCGUCACCACUGUUGAUAGACUCUCAGUCAUGGUGGACAUUUCGCAACACGCAAUGGAUGAGGAUCCAGCCUGUGAUGACGACAAUGCUGUAUCAGAGCUGCAAUCGGAGAUGUCCUGGUCAACUAUAGAAGAUGAGAUCUUUGACGAUGACCUGGAAUUGUCAUUCGAUGAAGAUUUCGAUGACAGGGAAGAACUGGACGACUUCAAGUUUAGUUCUUCAAUGGGGGGUGAUGAAAUGGAGGAUGGCUUUGAGCCAGAUAUUAAAUUAAAAGGAGGCUUGGGUUUUAUCCCGCAAAGAAGAAAUCUGAGUAAUAAUUUGCUGCCCUACUCGAAUCAUCUAGAUGCUGAAAUUGUUGAAGAAUUGAAAAAUAUUAAGCUAAAUUUAACAAAAGCACUUGUAGCCUCUGAUCUGAAAUGUGGUGGCCUUACCUGGAUAUAUAGAUUGCACAGAUUCAUCAAGCUGUAUGGCUACUGUUUCAGCAAAGAGGAUCAUGUGGCUUUCAUUGAGCUACUCUACGAGCUCAUUGUGGCACCUGGUCUCGUCAUCCGAGUUGUGAUUCGUUUAUGUCAAACUCUCUUGCUUUUGCUCAAAAAAAUCACACUGCUCACGCCUGACGAUAUACAGCUACAAUGGCGACCUCUUUACGAGCUCCACUGCCGUUUCUUCCACUGUGCUGUGGCAAAGCAAGGAAUGCUGCGAGUGCCCAUACAGACGGAAGGAACAAUCAAUUCUGUAAUCCGUCAUUGUCGAGCCUACUUUGCGCCUGGCACCACAGAAGAACUGCUCGAAGAGUUUGUGCCCAGACUUUGUCCCUUUGAUGAGCAAAUGAACCGUUCCAUGAAAUAUUUGGACAUGUUCUUGCCUGUGGUCACCCGACAUCAUGGCAAGCUUCCGAAUUUUGGACUUUGGAAAGACUUCUUAUUGGAUCAAAUUGAAAACAGCCCAUACUGGGAGGCGUAUGUCUUUGGGAUCGUGUCUCGCUUGGCAUGGAGAAACAUAGGCAUCAUUGACUGGCAGAAGGAUUUGCCCCUGUUCUUCACUAAAUUGCUGCGGUCACUGGGUCUACCGGUUGGCUACAGAGGCAUGGCAGGCAGCGGGGCCCGCCACUGCGAUUCUACCAACGUCGCCAUGUUCAUCGUUGCCAACCUUGGAGGUGGCAGCUGCUGCCAGGAGCAGCUGAGUAGGUUCAUUGGUGUGGUUGAGUCUUAUCUCCAUCCUUCUAAUUCUGGCCACUGGACAUCAACUAUUUUGGACAUCUUCUGCAAGAUCACUCUCUACUUCAAUAAGAGGAUUAACAGGGAGCAAAGGCCUCCGAAAGAACCAUCCUGGGAGAGUAAAAUCUCCGAAAGUAUGCAUCUGACAGAGGCUGACGUAGAUGCCUUUGUGGAGAGUCUCUUACCUGUGAUCCUAACUGCUGUGUUUGGCAAGAGUGGCGCUGCCGACGCCUCAAUCACGCUUGGUAGACUUGCUGCCCUACGAACCUCUCUCGUCAUGACCAAGUUUCUGGAGCUGAUGUACCCUGCGCUGUCCUCGAGCUCAGAGCCGCAGCGCCUGCAGUCCGUCUUGCAAACGGGAGUGCUCACUGCUCUUUCUAUCGUCACGGGAGGCUCAGACUUUCCGGCAGGCCCUACGCACAUCCUACCUCUCCUGCACCUGCUCCUCCCUGGCAUUGACCCUAAUGACAUCACUAAAACUAUGGCCACCUUUCAACUUGUGACAACUUUUGCAACUUUGAUUCCAAUCGCGGACUGCUCAUCAGCUGCAUCUGACCCUAACCUCAACUUGACUGAGGUGGAAAUGGAGCUCUGCCAUCAGAGCGCAGAAGUUGGAGAAUUCCUGCUGAUGUUUCUGGAGCGAUGUUUCUGCGUGGUGGAGAGCUGUGUGAGCGCUGAACAGCAAACCUUGCAGCCCUCACAAGCAGACUUCGGUGGAUGCCAACACGCACUCAUGAGCAGAGAGGAAACGCUCAUUGAGGCUGGCAUGUCCUUUACCAUACGAGCAAUAUUCCAACAGUCACAUCCUGAGAUAGCUAAGUUGCUGGUGCGGCGCCUGGCGUCGUAUGCCAUCGAGAGGACACUUGAGACGGGCGUGUCGGGAAGGCUUCUCGCCAACAUAUGUCGCGCUGCUGCCAGGGCACAACCUGAACUGGUGCUGUCAGCGCUGGUGCCACCGCUCACCCGACAGCUGGAAAGCCUCCUCAAGUCUGAAUCUGUUCUUCACGAUGAAACACCUGAUAAUGAAUUCAUGUUCAACCUGCUUCUGCUGUCUGAGGUGCUGUCGUGUCGUUGUGACGUGGCCGUGCAAUAUGUGCACGUCGUCAUGCCUGUGCUGGAGGGCGCCCUGGGUGUUGUGUGCUUGUCAGCUCAGAAGAUGGCCGCGACAUUGUAUGGCAACCUGCUCGCCUCUCUCGCUACCUCCUCACCUGUUGAUUUUUGCAGCUUUACUAAUGAUUGGAACGAGCCUUACUCUUCCUUCUUACCCAUUAGACACUGGGGAGCCCUGAUUAGUGGUGGUUGGUCAGCGAUGAAGGUGAAGUGGGUGCAGCCUGGGCCAGAGGAGAAGGCAGCGCUAACACUUGUGCUCAACUCUUUCCUGCUACCCCACCUUGCUAAACUGCAGGCCGCUGCUCUCAACCUUGCAUCUGUCACCAAAGAAGAGCUGAACCUCUCCCUGCUCAUCGUUCAGGAGUCCCUCAACGCUGGCCCUGUGUUGCCGCUAUGGCAGGAAGAACCCAUUCAACUAGAGAUUUCAAGUGCCCCAGAAAAACCACACUAUCUUAUUUUGAGCGAGCAAGAUGUGAGCAUAGAAUUGGACAUCAACGGUAAGCCUUCCAACGUGCGCCUGGCCAUCGCUGACGCUGUCCUGGACCUGGUAUACGCCAUGCUGGGUGCUGACUCUGACAACACCAAAGCCUACACCUCCAUUGUCAAUAUCCUGUGGAGUGUAGCGUUGCUGCACUCGCUCAAGCGGGUAGACUUUGAGUCGCGAUGGCGCAACCUGAGCCAAGUGCAGCGCAUGCUACGCAACAACCUCGUGGGUCCUGAACAACAUUGGCAUAGGAUGCGUCAUGUCAUAGUGCAACGUGCGCACCUUCAGCACCUCUCACGCACCCUCGAGUUUAUUGAGACGUUGCCCUUCACUAACACUCACAAGAGGAUCAUGGAUGCCGGCCUCAAGCUCUCAACCAGCAAUUACAGUCAAGUUCGUAAAGGGGGUCAGCAGCUGCUACGGAAUUUCUUCGCCCAGUUCCCCAGUAGCUGUGAGCUGCUGGUGCCACAGCUGGUACAAAACCUCGCCUUGGAUCCCAAGCAGCACCACAAAACCUUUAAAGGCACGUUAUUUGUGUUGCUGGGAGCGAAGUGUAAAGGCUUGGUGGUGAAGCAGAACUGGGAUUCGAUGCUGGCCUUGUGGCCCGCGAUCCUGGCUGCCCAGCACUCGGAGAAGCCUUCCAUCUCCAGCCUCCUCUCACAGCUACUCGACAAUCUCCUCACCGGCUUUGAACUUGUCUACCUUGAACAGCAGGUCCCCGAGUCAGUGGUAAAAUUGUGCCAGAAGAUCGCACGGCAAGUUGGCUUUAAAAGGGAUGUUAGUGAAGUCGAGUCAAGCAAGCAGUUCGUUGAAAAAAACAAGCACCAGCAGGUGGACACCUACAACAAACUGGUGGAGAACAUUGCUCAGCAGUUUCAGAGCGGCAAACUGCAUUGGCGCCACGAGCAGUUGGCUGUAUCCAUGCUGGGUAUACUCGUUCGCCCAGACCUUCCCUACCCGGCAGCGGCAGUGCGCAGUGUCACCCACGCACUCCUGCACCACAACAUCCACGUCAGGAAGAUGGCCGUUUUAUACCUGCCAAACGUUCUGCGAAACUUGAAACGCGCUCAUAAAAAGGAGCUGCUCUGCCUACCGCCAGACGCUCAGGAUAACAAGUCCCUUCCUGUGCUUCAAAAGUUUGCUCCGAGCGUCAACAGGGACGACAACAAGUUUCUACAGUACGACGCAAAGUUCAGUGACAUGACGGAGGAAGAAUACAACUCGCGGCAGUUCGUACAUCCCACCUACUUGGGCUUCACCUGCUGGCCUCGAGAAGUGUACGUGUACAGUCCAGCUACCCAGCAACCGCCGUUGGAUCGCCCUACAGAAGAACUAAGUCCAGCUGAGCUGGAAAUUUACCUCUUCUUCUCUGACGAACAAAAGAUCCAGAAGCUGAUUGAUCUUUUCACCCUUGAGGAGCAGAGAAACAUUGUUGAAAGAUUCGAUCAGAGAAAGAUGAUGAUAUGGAAGGGUGUGUUCAGAAACUAUGGCCCAUGCCUGCUGCCGUUGAUACGCGGCCAUCUUCUGAGACUGGCCGAUGACACCGCUGAAGCGAGUCAGCGAUGCGCCUCCGAGAUCCUUGCUGGUUUGGUGCGCGCUACAAAACAUUGGCCGUACGCUGCUUGGAAGGACGUUAUGUCUCUAGCCACUGAGACGCUGACUCUUGCCUUCUCCAAGAUGUCAUCAGAUGCCACUGACAACUGGUACAGGGCAAUGACUAAGAUCAGCAUGGACAGAGAUGCCAACCUAUUUGCACCUCUCGUCGAGUUCCUGGUCAACAUUCCAGACAUUGUCUCUUCCUCAUCGUUCAGUGUGCAGUGUCGGCUGUUCGUGUGCUCGUCGAUGUUGAGCCAGCAAGAGUGGAGAAUCUUGAAUCUGCAGCCGCGACUACUGCAGCAGCUGCGACCUGCUCUCUCACAUCCCUACAAGGCAGUCCGGGAUCGUGUCAGCACGGUUCUAUACAACGUCUUCUUUCUGAGUACGGCGGAUGUUUUCUACUCCGAGUCUCGGGGCUUCUCACUGCAAGUUCCAGAAUCUUUAAACCUAAACAGUUUUGUAGAAGACGUCCUGACUCAGCUUGGUAGCUUGCAAGAAUACUCGGGAGGAAAUAGCAGCGGUGAAGGCUUGUCACUCGUGAUGGGUUCUGAGCCCAGGGAUGGCACUUCUCCUCAGGACUCCUUACUUCAGCACCUGGUGCCAGCCGAGGUCUUAGUAGGCGCUUCGACCUCUCAACAUGGAAGUGACGCGAGGAUAGGCGCUACGACAGAGGAUUAUCCAGCGUGCGAAGAUGCCUCUAUCGACGUUCCGCGAGACACGUCGAGUUAUACCGCAGGAGAGACGACCGCUGAGAGCUCGUCCCUCAUCCCUCCGAUCGUGACGUCGUCACCGCAGCUUGUUAGCUCUUCCUUUAAUAUCUGUGGGGGUGAUAACGAUGAGCGCAAGAACGCCUUCAGGAUCAUUAACACCAUGUGCUCGUUCGUGCAAAUUAUGAGCACUCGCUACUACUCCGCAACGCCACUUCCUCUUUACAAAUUCCUAGGCGCUUUGUGUCAACUAGAGAGCGUUGACAGUGAACAAGAAGUGUGCAGCAACUGUGUUUCUGCGCUCUGCACGAUGGGACAGUCUCUUCUGCAGCAGCAGCAUCUUUUACCUCUCAUUCAGCGUCUACAGGAAAUAACCGAGUACAGAUGGUGGCGUGCCCGAAGUGCUGCCCUGGGAGUGCUUCAAAUGGUAGUGUUCCACAACGCCCUCACCAUGAUGGCUUGUGACGGUGCGCCGCAGCUGGUGCUGAAGGUGGUGCUUGCUCGUAUCAAAGAUGAACGGCUUGAGGUGCGCAACAUGGCUUCCCAAGUUCUCUCCAGUGCGCUGCACAUCAAUUUUGUGCCCAACUCCACUGAGAUCAGGGAGAAGUUCACGCGGGAGUUGCGCAAGGCUACGCGCAAGUCCACCAAGAUCUGGAGCAGCGAGCGCGUGGUGGAGGUGCACGGAGCGGUGCUGGGGUUGGCGGCUUUCGUCGAGAGUGCGCCCUACAGCGUGCCCGACUUCCUGCCUCAGGUCCUCUGUACCCUCGCCUCCUGCAUCAACCUUCCUCAGCCUAUUGCUGGAAGCAUUCGGAACAGCCUGAGUAACUUCAGACGCACACACCACGACAACUGGGAGGAACACAAACAGCACUUCUCAUCAGAACAAUUGGACGUUCUGAACGACCUGCUGCUGUCGCCUUCAUAUUACGCCUGAAGUAUCACUCGUAAUUAACGGCCAUUAUGCACCCACGUCUUACGUGCUGCAGCUGUCGUCUCCUGUUCGGUGUUCCUGUGCUGGUCAUUUCUGCCUGGUCUUACCUAUUGUACAGGAAUUGUUACUGAGGCUCGCCGUGAAGGGGCCUCAAACGUGAUCACGUAAGGUUUGUGACGCAAAACUAGGAAUUAAAUCAAUAACCCAGUAAAUAUUUCCAAUUUACAUUGUUAUCUUCGAUCGUCUGAAAGAUCGUAGAAUUAUUCACUGUAACGGUUAUUUACGUAACAUGGUCGCAUGUUUGACGGCCUAAGCCCUUCUUGUGUUAACCUCUGAUAAUCUAUAGCCAACGAUGAUGCCUUUUUGUUGAUGACCAUUUUUUUCAGGCAAUGAGCAGAUUUGUGAAGAAGUUGAAGGCCGUGUUCUUAGUUUGCUUAUACCGUUUCUAUGAACCGUUAUACUAAUUAUUCUUGGUGUGCUAUUGAUUAUUUUCUACAUUGUUUUCACAAUGGAUAAUUUUAGGGGCUAAAUAUAAUACCUGGUAUUACUAGAUAAUCAUAGCACUAUAUUCUGUGGACUUGACUGGCCUAAGAAGUCUUUGUAAUGCUUGUCUCACGUUUAGCUUCUUUGUGACAAACUUGCUUGUUCUCUUUUUUUACUCGUUGAGAUAAGUUAUUUCACUUUUCUGAACUGCUAUUGAUUAUAGCUUCCUAUUGUUUUAUCGGGAUAUUUCUAAUCUUGAUUUCAGCUCUGAAUGUCUGAUUUAGAUAUUAUGUUCAAAGGAAUAAAAUGAGAAUUGA